CCUUGUUAUAUGUAUAACACGUAGUCCUCCCUUUCAAUCCAUUUCAAUCAUCAGUUGCCUGUUUUCUAAUUUCAGUGCUAUUUUCAUUAACUUGAUACUGGUAUACAUACACUUUUCGUUGUAUGCGUAGCGCUGCAUCAAUUUAGGUCACGAUAAUUAAAAUAUCCGCCAGAGAAACAUAAACUCUCACUGGUCUUAUCAUUCACGUCUGCAUUCUCAUUUCGAAAUGUUUUUUGAACUUUAUUGGCAAUACUUUGUCGCCGGAUUGAUUUUGUAUAUUAUAGCCAGAAUCGGUUAUGGGGUAUACAGUGGUUUACAGAAGAAGAAGAAGGCAUUUUCAGGACUGCAGAAGAAAUAUGAUGAUAUCAGAAGACUUGAUCAAGUGAUAGAAGAGGAAACAGACACAUCAAAUGAAGAAGUUGAAGACGAUGGACUCACACCUGCUCUACCAAAGGACUUGAAACAUAUACCGCUGAAAUUUGAAAAAUUGACUGUGGAAGAUUCUAUCGCUAAAUCCGCACAGUUUUAUGAUCUGAUGAACAAACGGAGAACUGUCCGACACUUCAGCAGCGACUUCGUUCCAAAAGAAAUCAUUCAUAAUAUCAUAAAAACUGCAGGAACAGCUCCAAGUGGUGCUCAUACAGAGCCCUGGACAUACGUUGUAGUAUCCUGCCCAGAGAUGAAACUUAAAAUUCGACAAAUCAUUGAAAACGAAGAAGAAAUCAACUACAAGAAAAGAAUGAGUAGGGAGUGGACGGCGGAUUUGAAACCUCUGAAAACUAACUGGGUCAAGGAAUACCUCACUGAUGCUCCCUACUUGAUUCUUGUCUUCAAACAAUUGUAUAGUUUUCGGGAGGAUGGAAGGAAAAAGACGCACUACUAUAACGAACAGAGCGUGUCCUUGGCAGCAGGGAUAUUAUUAACAGCAAUUCAGGUUGCUGGUCUUGUUUCUCUCACUUCAACGCCUCUGAACUGUGGUCCAGCACUUAGAUUACUUUUGGGAAGGCCGAAUUCCGAAAAACUCACAUUGCUUUUGCCAGUAGGAUACCCAGCUGAAGGCUGUGAAGUUCCAGAUUUAAAAAGAAAACCUUUAGAGGACAUUAUGGUGGAGUUUUAGGUCAAUACUUCAAGUUACAUUAUCAAGGCAUCAUUGCUUUUAGUUUUAAAUUUAUAGUGUUUAUGUUUCUUAAAGUAGUUAAAUCAUUAAACAAUAAAUUAAAAUUGUUAGUUUGUUAUUUUAUAUAAACAUUGUAUGUUUCUUGGGAAAUAAA